AUGAAGGUCUUCACGUCCUCGCUCCUAGCCGCCGCCAUGACCACGGCCGUUGCACGCGCUGCCACGUGUGACACUGCGUCCGUGACGGCUCUGCUGACGUCCACCGAGGUCGCAUCAUGCGCGAGCAACUCCGGUUACUCCCCGUCCUCGCUGCAGACGCCCACCUCUGCUGAAAUGGACACCAUGUGCACUGACACGGCCUGCCAGACUGUGCUGUCCGACCUGACCACCAUGUUCCCCGAGGAGUGCACGGUCGGCACCUUUGCCCUGUACGCCGACCUCAUCACGCCCGUAGCCACCUACUGCUCGGGCAGCUCGGGUUCGUCCACCACCACUUCGGCUAGCUCGAACCCUUCGGCAUCAUCUACGUCCACUGCCGCUUCAGCCACGUCGGCCUCUGCUUCGGCUGGUUCGGCAGGCACCGUUGCCAGCACGUCCUCAGCCUCGCUCGACAGCGCUCAAGAGGUGACUGUGGCCCCGACCAUUAACACGACGUCCUCGGCCAGCGCAGACGACGACGUGACGGUGGGCGACUCGAACUCGGGCAGCGACCUCACCAUCGAGACCCAGGCUCCGGCCAGCGAAUCGGCUUCGACCACGGCGGACUCAGCUGCGAGCGCCUCAAGCGCUGCGGACGACACUUCCAGUGGCUCCAGCGCCGGCGUCGCCGUGACUCCGUCAGCUGCUCUGCUGGGAUCGGCCCUGAUGGCUACGGUGGCUUUGUUCCUGUAG